AUGUCAUUCUCAUUUGGCUUCAGCGGCGACGACAUCGAGGAUGACGGCGAAACAGAACCUCAGCACGAUUGUGGUGGCGACGCCCAUGCCCUCGUCAAGGACAUGACCAAACAUAGCAUUUCCGACGCGGAGAAUGAAGUACCACGACCAAAAACCAUCGAACCCAAAAGACAUUCUCUAGCGGAAUUGCUCGAAUCUCUGCCGUCUCAAAUAUCCUAUAACCCCCUGACCAUACCGAGGCUUACUGUACCUAAUGCGGAGAACGGUAGCGGUGGCGUCCACGCCAAUCACAUAGCCAAUCCGAAAGACAACGAGGACACCAAAGUCCAAGUCCUGCGACGGUCAUUAUUCGACAUCCGAGCUCAACUCAUGGCCGAAGCCGAUCCCGAAACCCACGACGACGCAGCCGAGACGAUGCUAGCCGGUCUCGAGAACGGAGACUUGACUUCUGGAAUCUACGAGGGCGGCUUCAAGACCUGGGAAUGUGCUCUUGACCUGGCCUCGCUUGUGACUCAAUAUCUGGAAACCAACAACCUCACCUCAGACCAAAACCAAACCCAGGACCAAAAUCACGUUUCUCAGGACCUGGAAGUCAUCGAGCUCGGUGCCGGCAGCGCCAUCCCCAGCUUGGCCCUUUUACGAGUCUUCCUGAAGCAAAGUUCAACUUCCUCGUCCUCCUCCUCCUCCUCAUCUUCUUCUCCAGAGGAACAGCGGUCAGCUCCUCAAAACACAUUACUGCCAAGGCUAAAAUUCACCUUGUGCGACUACAACGCCGAGGUGUUACGACUGUGUACCGCGCCCAACGUCUUCCUAAACUACUAUCAGCAUUACCAGCAGUACCGCCGCCAUCAAACCGGUACCGGCCACGGCACCGGCGACCCAACCAGUGCAAGUGCAGGCGAGCCUACACCUUCGUCCUCUUCUACUUUGACACACCCACAGGAAGAAGAAGAAGAGAAUCCCGAAGAAGGCGAGCUCGACAUUGAAGAAGUAAUGGGAGACGGGCACCUCCAAAACGUGGUCAAGGACAUGGAGUUGCUAGAUCACGUCUCUUUUGAUUUUCUCUCUGGGGGCUGGGGAGAGUCCUUCCUCGAUUUAAUCGCGGACAAACAACCUCAACCACCUUCUUCUACUUCUACUUCGUCCUCCUUGGCAGCUGUUGAAGAGCAGUGGCAAAGUCCUGGGAAUCUGCUCAUCCUCGCCUCUGAAACUAUCUACUCUCCCUCGUCGUCCAGGAUCUUUGCGGACACAUUGCUUGGUCUACUCCGAUGCCACGGCCAGUCAAAAGGGACCGCAAGGGCAUGGGUCGCCGCGAAGAAAGUGUAUUUCGGAGUCGGCGGCGGUGUGGACGCGUUUGUUGCAGAGAUUCAAUCUCGCGGCGGGAGAAGCAGGAUACUGCUAGAGACAAAGGACACCGGCGUAGGACGCGUUGUUCUCGAAAUUACAGUAUGA